AUGGGACUUUCAGAAGGGGUGGUGAAGAAGGUGCUCCUCUCCUACACCUACGUCGCCAUAUGGAUCUUCCUCAGCUUCACCGUGAUUGUUUACAACAAGUACAUCCUCGAUCACAAGAUGUACAAUUGGCCCUUCCCAAUUUCGCUCACCAUGAUCCAUAUGGGCUUCUGCUCAUCCCUGGCUUACCUCCUCGUCCGCGUCUUCAAGCUCGUCGAGCCUGUCUCCAUGUCACGUGACCUCUACCUCAAGUCUGUCGUGCCCAUCGGAGCCCUGUACGCCCUCUCGCUCUGGUUCUCAAACUCCGCCUACAUAUUCCUCUCCGUCUCCUUCAUCCAAAUGCUCAAAGCCCUGAUGCCCGUUGCGGUUUAUUCAAUUGGGGUUGUGUUCAAGAAGGAUCCUUUCAAAAGUGACACUAUGCUCAACAUGGUUUCGAUCUCUGUUGGUGUCGCCAUCGCCGCUUAUGGAGAAGCCAAAUUCAAUAGUUGGGGAGUGGCGUUGCAGCUUUUAGCUGUGGCUUUUGAGGCCACGAGGUUGGUUCUUAUUCAGAUUCUGCUUAAUGCUAAGGGUAUUAGUUUGAACCCCAUUACUUCACUUUACUAUGUUGCGCCAUGUUGCUUUGUGUUCUUGUGCGUACCCUGGAUUAUUGUUGAGUUGCCAGUGUUGAGGGAGACCUCCAGUUUUCAUUUCGAUUUCGUCAUUUUCGGGACGAAUUCGGUGUGUGCGUUUGCUCUGAAUCUUGCCGUGUUUCUGUUGGUGGGAAAGACCUCUGCUUUGACUAUGAAUGUUGCUGGGGUUGUCAAAGAUUGGCUUUUGAUUGCGUUUUCGUGGUCCGUGAUUAAGGAUACGGUGACACCCGUGAAUUUGAUCGGGUAUCUGAUCGCUUUCCUCGGGGUUGCCUAUUACAAUCAUGCCAAAUUGCAGGCACUUAAGGCCCUAGAGGCGCAGAGGAAAUCUCAGCAGGAUAAUUUGGAGGCCGGGAGGUUAUUGGAGGAGAGAGAUGGAGAAGGGACUGGAAAGAAGAAUGAAACCCAGGAUUGA